AUGGCAUUGCUCCUGUGGCUGGGGUCCCAGCUGUCAUCCAUCUGGAGCAACAUCUCUAUACUGGGAGUCUUUCUUAUAGUGUUUACUUUACUGCUUGACUUCAUGAAGCGCAGAAAGACGUGGAGCCGUUACCCGCCGGGCCCAGCCUCGCUGCCGUUCAUCGGGACCAUGUUCUCCAUUGACUUCCGCAACCCCCACCGCUCCUUCGGCCAGCUCCAGAAGAAGUUUGGAAACAUCUUCAGUCUCCAGAACUGCUGGACCAACGUGGUAGUGCUGAAUGGGUAUAAAACAGUGAAGGAAGCCCUGGUCCACAAAUCAGACGACUUUGCUGACCGGCCCCACUUUGCAAUAUAUGAACACAUGGGCUAUGGAAAGAAUUGUGAAGGGAUUGUUGUAGCAAGAUACGGGCACGUCUGGAAGGAGCUAAGGAGAUUCACACUCUCUACGCUGAGGAACUUUGGGAUGGGAAAGAAAUCCCUGGAGGAGCGAGUGGUAGAGGAAGCUGGAUUUCUUUGUUCUGAAAUUGAGUCUGAAGAAGGUAAAUCUUUUGAUAUACAUGUUCGCUUAAACAAUGCCGUCUGCAACAUGAUCUGCAAUAUUGUCUUUGGAGACCGCUUUGACUAUGGUGAUGAGACAUUCAAGAAGCUAUCACGGUUAUUUCAAAAUUCCUUGGAUGAAGAAACUGGAUUCCUGCCUCAGCUUCUUAACGUGGUGCCCAUUUUGGUGCGGAUCCCUGGAGUGGCACAGAAGCUUUUCCGAGCACAAAGGGAGUUAAUGGACUUCAUAGAUGUGGCCAUAGAUAAGCAUAGGAAGACCCGGGACCCUGCUUACACUCGAGAUGUCACAGAUGUGUUUCUAAAGGAAAUGGAGAAGGGUAAGGCAGCUGAAGAGAAUGGUUUCCACUAUAACAACCUUCGUCUGGUGACCCUGGACUUGUUUACAGCUGGUUCUGAGACCACCUCCACGAGUCUCCGGUGGGCAUUGCUGUACAUGCUUCUCCACCCAGAAAUACAGAGUAAGGUCCAGGCAGAGAUUGAUAAAGUGAUUGGCAGAGAGAGACCCCCCAGCAUGAUGGACCAAGCAAGCCUGCCUUACACUAAUGCUGUGAUCCAUGAAGUGCAACGCUGUGGGGAUGUUGUUCCUGUUGCGCUACCUCACAUGACAUACCGGGACACUGAGUUGCAAGGCUUCUUUAUUCCCAAGGGGACAACAAUCAUCACCAACUUGUCUUCAGUGCUGAAGGAUGAGACAGUCUGGGAGAAACCAAACGAGUUUUACCCUGAACACUUCCUGGAUGCAAAGGGGCAGUUUGUGAAACCAGAGGCCUUCCUGCCCUUCUCAGCAGGUCGCCGUGCCUGUCCGGGAGAACAGCUGGCCAGGAUGGAGCUCUUUCUCUUCUUUACCACUCUCCUGCAGAAAUUCACUUUUGUGCUCCCUGAGGACCAGCCCAGGCCACAGGAGGACGGUCACUUUGCACUCAUCAACUCUCCACACCCAUUCCUGCUGCGAGCUCUCCCAAGAUAG